GGUAGUUGCGGCGCUAGAUCCCGGGAGCUGCCGUCAAGCCAGAUCCGUGGAGGAGUUGCCGAAAGCGGCUUUUGGGACCCCUUCCCUCCGCGCUCCUGGCUCCGACUGAGGCUGAGCGGCGCGGCUGCGAGUCUGAGGCACCUUGCCCGUCUUUCUACCCGUCAGCCGCGCCGGGAGAUGGGCCUGCGCCCCCGCAGCCUCGCGCCGCCGCCGCCUGCGCUCUGAGGAGGAGUUGGAGGACAUCUAUAAUAACAUCUUCUAUAAAUCAAAGUUUUUCAAGAAUUCUCUGAAGGAACCAAGUAGGAUCUUCAUACAUCAUGGCUUAAUCUGACUGCAAGAACAAGAAAUAGGAUUUAUUUUGAAGUAUAAUGAAGGGCUGUGUGUAGACACUGUCCCUGACUCAAUUCUAAUACGCAUUUUAGACAUGAGUUUACAUCGGCAAAUGGGUUCAGAUCGAGAUCUUCAGUCUUCUGCUUCAUCUGUAAGCUUGCCUUCCGUUAAAAAAGCACCCAAAAAAAGAAGAAUUUCAAUAGGCUCUCUGUUUCGGAGGAAAAAGGGUAACAAACGUAAAUCAAGGGAGCUAAAUGGAGGGGUGGAUGGGAUUGCAAGUAUUGAAAGUAUACAUUCUGAAAUGUGCACUGAUAAGAACUCCGUUUUCUCUACAAAUGCCUCUUCUGACAAUGGAUUAACUUCUAUCAGCAAACAAGUUGGAGACUUUAUAGAGUGCCCUCUGUGCCUUUUGCGGCACUCUAAAGACAGAUUUCCCGAUAUAAUGACUUGUCAUCAUAGAUCUUGUGUGGAUUGCUUACGACAAUACCUGAGAAUAGAAAUCUCUGAAAGUAGAGUUAAUAUCAGUUGCCCAGAAUGUACGGAACGGUUUAAUCCCCAUGACAUUCGCUUGAUAUUAAGUGAUGAUGUCUUGAUGGAAAAAUAUGAAGAAUUUAUGCUUAGACGGUGGCUUGUCGCAGAUCCUGACUGUAGGUGGUGUCCAGCUCCAGACUGUGGAUACGCUGUGAUAGCAUUUGGAUGUGCCAGUUGUCCAAAAUUAACUUGUGGGCGAGAAGGCUGUGGGACAGAGUUUUGCUAUCACUGUAAGCAGAUUUGGCACCCCAACCAGACGUGUGAUGCUGCUCGACAAGAGAGAGCCCAGAGCUUACGUCUGAGAACUAUACGCUCUUCAUCCAUUAGUUACAGUCAAGAGUCUGGAGCAGCAGCUGAUGACAUAAAGCCAUGUCCUCGAUGUGCUGCCUAUAUAAUAAAGAUGAAUGAUGGAAGUUGCAAUCACAUGACGUGUGCUGUCUGUGGUUGUGAGUUUUGUUGGUUAUGUAUGAAAGAAAUCUCUGAUUUACAUUAUCUCAGUCCAUCAGGGUGUACUUUUUGGGGGAAGAAACCCUGGAGCCGAAAGAAGAAAAUCUUGUGGCAGCUGGGAACCCUUGUUGGUGCUCCUGUAGGAAUCGCCUUAAUAGCAGGCAUUGCUAUCCCUGCAAUGAUUAUUGGCAUUCCUGUGUAUGUUGGCCGGAAGAUUCACAAUCGAUACGAAGGCAAGGAUGUUUCAAAGCACAAACGGAAUCUGGCCAUAGCAGGUGGUGUAACGUUGUCUGUAAUCGUGUCUCCAGUAGUAGCUGCAGUGACUGUCGGCAUUGGUGUUCCUAUUAUGUUAGCUUAUGUCUAUGGCGUUGUUCCGAUCUCUCUGUGCCGAAGUGGAGGUUGUGGAGUUUCAGCAGGCAAUGGAAAAGGAGUGAGGAUUGAAUUCGAUGAUGAAAAUGAUAUAAAUGUUGGUGGCACCAACACAGCUGUAGACACAACAUCAGUAGCAGAAGCAAGACACAACCCUAGCAUAGGAGAGGGAAGUGUUGGUGGCCUGACUGGCAGUCUGAGUGCAAGUGGAAGCCACAUGGAUCGAAUAGGAGCUAUUCGAGACAACCUGAGUGAAACAGCUAGCACCAUGGCCCUUGCUGGAGCGAGCAUAACAGGGAGUCUGUCAGGAAGUGCCAUGGUAAACUGUUUUAACAGGUUGGAAGUACAAGCAGAUGUACAGAAAGAACGGUACAGUCUAAGUGGAGAGUCUGGCACAGUCAGCCUGGGAACGGUCAGUGAUAAUGCCAGCACCAAAGCAAUGGCAGGAUCCAUUCUGAAUUCCUAUAUCCCCCUGGACAAAGAAGGCAACAGUUUGGAGGUGCAAGUUGAUAUCGAAUCAAAGCCAUCCAAGUUCAGGCACAACAGUGGAAGCAGUAGUGUGGACGAUGGCAGUGCUACCCGGAGCCAUGCGUGUUCAUCCGGAGGCUUGCCUGAAGGUAAAUCCAGCACCACCAAGUGGUCCAAAGAAGCAACAGCAGGAAAAAAAUCAAAAAGUGGCAAAUUGAGGAAAAAAGGUAACAUGAAGAUAAACGAGACCAGAGAGGACAUGGAUGCACAGUUGUUAGAACAACAAAGCACGAACUCAAGUGAAUUUGAGGCGCCAUCCCUCAGUGACAGUGUGCCAUCUGUAGCAGAUUCCCACUCUAGUCAUUUUUCUGAAUUUAGUUGUUCUGACCUAGAAAGCAUGAAAACUUCCUGCAGUCAUGGUUCCAGUGAUUAUCAUACCCGCUUUGCUACUGUUAACAUUCUUCCUGAGGUAGAAAAUGACCGUCUGGAAAAUUCUCCACAUCAGUGUAGCAUUUCUCUGCUUUCUAAAACUGUUUCAUGCUCAGAAGUACCACAGCAGAGUCAUAUUGCUGAAGACCAUGGUAACAGUGGAAUAAAACCUAAUGGUGAUUUGUAUUUUGGUGAUGCACUAAAAGAAACAAAUAACAACCACUCACAUCAGACAUUGGAAUUAAAAGUUGCAAUUCAGACUGAAAUUUAGGCCCAUAAAUGCUGCAAAAAUAAUUACCACUGCACAAGCUUGUAUGGAGCUGGUUGAAUUAUCUGUGACUAAGAUUUCAAGUUACCAGCAAACGCCAUUAUCAUAAUCAUAAUGUAGAUAAAUUUUCUGUGUUCAGCAAAGCAUUGUAUUUCAUACGAAUCUUAAUUACCAAACUAUGAAAUGAAGGCUUUAAAAGUGCAUUAUUAUAAGAGAAAUAAAUCUUAAGAAUAAAGCAUGUUUUGUGUGCUUAUCACAAAACAUUGCUUGAUGCACAUACCUGUGUACUUAGAAAUUUGGCUAAUUUAUAAUCAAUAUAAAAUAUUAAUGCAGUUCUACAGCAUUCUUACGAAGAAAACUUGAGGCUAGGGAAAAGUGGUUAAUGACAUUUUAUUGAAACCACUAAGGGAUAUGUUUAAAAGAAUGUAUCAGGUUACUCUCAGUAUAUGAUACUAUCUGUAACAUUUCUAUUUGUAACUGGACUAAAAUUUCAUUUUUUUUUUCUUCCUACACAAUGCAAAUACAUAAUGCUUCUUGCAGCCCUUUGUAAUCAUUGGAUACUUAGACACAUUGAGCAACAUUGCGGCAGUUUUUGCACAACUUUGAAAUAGAAAUAUCUGGUACUCUAUCUUGAACAUUGUUGAUGCCAUUUUAAAAGAAAAAUGUAAAGGUAGGUAAUUAAGUGUACUGAUAACAACAAGUAAGAUAUAUAAAACUGUAAAGUAAUAUCCAGGUGUGGUGGUGCAUUCCUGUAAUCCCAGCAUUCGGGAGGCUGAGGCAGGAGGAUCAUUGCAAGUUCAAGACAAGCCUGGGCUACAAAGUAAGUUCAAGGCCAGUCUGAACUGCACAGCAAGACUGUCUCAAAAAAAAAAAAAAAGCAGAAUAAAAUACCAUUUGGUUGUAAGUGUUAACCAAAACAAGUCACCUUUUAUUAAGGGGAAAUUUGUGCCCUACUGAUUCUUGGUGCCUUUGGGAUAGACCGAGUUUUAAGGGCAAGGGCCUACUGAUAGGAAGAUUUUGCUGUAUUGCUAUCUGUAUUGUCCUGUCUAGUCCCCUUGAUUAUAUAGAAAAAUAUAGGCCAUAAGUAAAAUGAAUGUGAUUAAUAACAGUGCUGAAGAAGUAUUAGCCUACCAAAGACAUGCUCAGGCUUUAGUGAAAAACUUUACAUAACCUCAGUUUUUAACACAUUUGUAUCUUUUCCAACCAUGAAAUCAAAGCAUGGUGCAGAGACUGUACCAAGUAUGAAAGGUUCGUGAAUGGUUGGCUUUAUAUACUUUCGCUUUGUUUAUGGAAGAUGUUCAGCUGACAUAAGCAGAAGUUGGCCAAAAUACUGCCUGUACUGUUAACUUCCUGUAUAAAUCACUGUUAAAGCAGUUUAACCUCACUGAUGGCAGUUAAAAUGAUCCAUCCUGUGCGUUCUUUAAGUAUUACCAUUAUGGUGCUACUGAGCGUUUCCUUUGGAAAAAAAGAAAUACUGGCUGCAAAUCUUCCAUCACUUUCCUCACCAGGUCCAUUAAUAUGCUUAUAACACUAGUGCCAGCUCUUUUUAUUUGAUAAUGCUUAUUAUGGUAUUUGUAUAUUUGUUUGCAUUCCAGUUUUGUUCAGUAAUGAGUGUUAAACUACAUACAUGAAAUAAAUGUAAAUACUAAUGUA